CCUCUUUCCAAUUCCGCCCACAAUCUUUCAACCUCGAAAAUGCCGACCUCCACCGCUGUUUCUCCGACCGCCGUGACGGCCGAUGAUCAAUCUCCAACCGCAUCGGACUCUGAAGAAUACGAGUACGAAGAAAUAGAAGUUGAAGAAGAGAUAGAGGUUGAAGAAGAAGUCUCCGAGGAAGAUGAUGAAGAAGGAGUAGAAAGCGAUGAAGUGAUAGAAACCGGAGACGGUUUAUCGCCGCCGAUUGAAGACCGAGAUCAUGAAAAAAAUGAUGAUGGCAAAGCUCCUCAAUGUGAUGGUGGAAUGAUGAGUGCUGAGACCAAUAAUACUUUCAACGAAACCAGUAAAGAAGUGACUGGUGGAGAUUCAUUGAUCAGUCUCUACAAAUCUAAUAAAAUUCCACAUUCUGAGGAAGAAACUACAAAGAUGAGUGCUAAGGAUGUCAAUGAUACACAAAAGGAACCCAGAUUGGAAGCUCCUCUGAUAAGACCUAGAAGUUCGUCACCUGCGGUGGAAAUUAAUGAAGGAAACAAAAGACCGGCUCUUAUAUGCAACUUUUUUGCAAAGGGUUGGUGCAUUAAGGGAAACUCUUGUCGGUUUCGUCAUAUAAAAGAAUCUAUGAAUGCCAAUGACCAACAAAAGGAGAACUCUGUAGCUGCAUAUCAGAAAAGUGAACCUCAGGAUGAUGAAGGUUUAAGAGAUGGUGUAGAAAGAUCUGGUCUGGCAACUCCUGUAGCUGUGCCAACUACUACAUGUUCUUCUGAAACCAUCUUGCUUCAGGAUACCAAAGAGAGCCCAAAGCAUAAAAUUAAUCCCAAGGAGUCACAAAAAGAGGAUCCUGUAAACAUCUCCUUGGUUGAUGAUGAUAAGGAGACAGGGGGUUCGCGAGAGAAUCAGUACUUGGACAAAGAGCAUCCUCCUGUUAAUGCAAAUAGUUUGCUGCAUGAAACUUCUUCAAGUAACCCGUUCACGGGUUCAGACAUCCGUAAAAGCAAUUGGGUUUCUUCUUAUGCAACAAGUAUGGAAGAACUUGAUGGUAGAGAAUAUCAAUUUAGGUUUCACAAUCUGAAGGUGCCUAUCACUAAUUAUUCCCCAAAUUAUGGCUCAAGUUCUUUUCAGUCGACUUCUCGAAUUUCCCCAUCAAACCAUAGUUCGAUGUGGCCUAGGACUUCAACGUUGUUAAGUUCCUCAUCUUGGAAUUCUGAUUCCUUUGGAACCGUGAAGCAUUUGGGUGGUGAUCGAGAACUUCAUCCGAUCUUUCGACCAAAUGUUACUCCGUUUUCUGGUUCUGAAUCAGAACAUUUAUAUCGUGACAAAGAUGUUCUCCCACACUCAGCUGGAUUUACAACUAAAUUUUCUUCGUAUGAUUGGGAGCCAUCAAAACCUUUCCGGUCAUCUUUUCUUAUUUCCCAAGGAAUAUAUUCUCCAGCUAGCCAGUAUGAUCCCAUCCGUGAUAGCAUUGAACAGCCAAAGGAUGGAGAUAAGAUCUCCAAAUUUUCUUCUUCUAGUCGAACGCCAUCCAUCUCAAGCAUACAUUCGUUGAUGGAUGUCAAUGCACCUCUAAAAGAGAAAUUUGGAAUGGAUCAUGGAUCUGAUAGAUUAUCUCUUGCCAGUCAUGUAAACGGCCAUGACAAUGCUAUGGACGUGAACAGUAAUGCACGUGAGUUGGGUACUGUUGAUACCAAACAGGAAAAUACAAAACGUGAAGCUAAAGGAAAAAAACAUCCGAUUCAUGCUCAUGUUGGGGAUGCCAUACAAUCACGUGAACUACAAGUUAAUCCCGAGUUUGUGCAAGAAAAUGAUGGGCCAUCAAAAGAAAUUAAAAUAGGAGAUGAUAGUAGCCGAUAUCGUGGUCAAGAUUUUGACAUAGAAGGGGAGGGAACUAGAGAAUCUAAAGCCCUUAAACAUUUUCGUGCUGCUCUAAUAGAAUUUGUAAAAGAAUUAGUCAAGCCGACAUGGCGUGAUGGCAAACUGAGCAAAGAUGCCCACAAAGUGAUUGUUAAGAAGGCUGUUGACAAGGUCAUCAACACUUUACCAGCAGAGCAUAUUCCAAGUAUGCAAGAGUCUAUAGACAUCUAUCUUUCCUCAUCUCAGCCAAAAAUUGUGAAACUUGUUGAGGUGCGUUCUCUCGGUAUGCUGAUUGGUAAUCCUAGGAUAUAGAAUAUCAGAUGAUGUGGCAUUUGACAGUUUGGUACAUUUGCUUGCAGGGAUAUAUUGAGAAGUAUGGUAAAUUGUGAGAUAUUCAGACGAGGACUCUUUCGUUGCAGUUUUCCUUGUAAAUAGAUGAUAAUCAUCCUGGUCAGAUGCUGUGUUUUUUAUGGAGGUCUUCCUUUUUUGCACAUGGAGAACAUGAUAGUUGUGAACUUUAAUGUCUUAUGCUGUGCUUCCAUUGGUACUUUAAACAGUAAAUGACCUUAUCUGC